AUGACUUGCGUUACUUGAAAAUAAAUACAAACCCACAUUUACUUUUAUUGAGACAUCCCUGCCGGUGAUCGCGAUGGACGAGCUGAACUUCCCGUACGAUAUAACACCCUUCACUGAGGAAGAAAGUGAAGAGCUAUUGAAUUACUUACAAAGUUCUAAAAUAGUCUACAAUCAUAUUGGACCCAAGGCCUAUGUCCUACCCCGGGAGUAUAACAGGAAAGAGGCAGCCAAUAUUUACAACUUCCCUGUGAGAUCUGAUGACGUAUUCGUCGUCACUUUUCCGAAAUCAGGGACAACGUGGACUCAAGAAUUAGUGUGGCUGUUGUUGAACGAUUUAGAUUAUGAAAAAGCAAAGAAAAAAUUAAAUGAUAGGUUCCCAUUCUUAGAGGCAUCACUGUUCUCGUUUGAAGAUACUUUUUCUGGCCAUGUUAAGGAUGGUGAAUUACAAGAUUUUGGUCCACCGACGGUUGAUGAUAUUAAAGCACUACCUUCUCCUAGGUUUAUCAAAACCCACUUACCUCUCUCCUUACUUCCGCCAAACUUACUGGAAGAAACAAAGGUAGUUUACGUCACCCGUGAUCCGCGAGAUGUCGCUGUAUCUUUCUAUCACCAUUACAAGUUGAUGAGGGUCAUGGCUCCAGAUAGAGACUUCAAGACAUACUGGAACUUCUUCAUGAAUGGCAAAAUAACUUUUGGUCCGUACUUUGCCAGUGUCCUGGAGGCUUGGGAGAAACGCAACCAUCCCAAUAUGCUGUUUUUAUUCUAUGAAGAGCUCUCUAAGGAUUUGCCUGGAGUUAUUCGUCGAGUCGCAAACUUCUUUGACAAGAAGAUAACAGAAGAACAAAUAGAAGAACUCAGAGAACAUCUUAAAUUUGAUAACUUUAAGAAAAACAAAUCCGUCAAUUAUCAAGACAUGCAAGAUAAAGGAAUUUUCAUGAAAGACGGUGGAUUCGUGAGGAAAGGUAAAGUCGGCGGCUGGAGGGAGUAUUUUGACGAGGAAAUGACAGUUCAAGCCGAGAAAUGGAUAAACGAUCAUAUUAAAGACACGGACUUUAAAUUUCCCGAAUAAAAUAUGUUAUUACGUGUUUAAUGUCAACCGUUAACUUAACCGUUAACAAAACAACACCCAUCUUGUAAAAUAUAAAUAUUUAGUCCUAGAA